CGCGGGUAUCCCAACAGUGCUCAGCGUUCUUCCUCAGGCCAUGGCCAGCCGCAGAAUUCCUAGUGGGUGGUGGUCCGGAAGCCUGUCACCACUGGUUAGUUCCUCAUGGCUGAGAGAAGUUGGGAAGAAUACAACAUGAAAAUACUCACUGCCCACUUCGUUUGGAAUCAUAAUUAUUGCUUCUCCCUAGUUUCUUUUUUGUCGCCCCGGGGUAUCAAGGGUUCUGCGAAGAAGGUUCCUCUUUGAUGUCACACCCUUCUCCAAGAGUCAUUCUCCCUGAAGGCCUCCAGCGCGUAUACUUACAUAAAUUGAGCGGCAGGAAACCAACCAAGGCUCGCAGCCCGAAGCUAGACAAUAAUAAUAGUCCACUGAUCCGCCCGCGACCUUAUCCUCUCUCUCUGUACACAAAAAUAGAGCCAGAACUUCUAAUCCCAAGCAAGCUUAACUCAACUCCGAGACGCUUAUUACUCAGCAGCAACCAGCCACCUUCGUGAACCAGACCUCAUCAUUGACUAUGACAUCUGGCUUUGUUUGAGGUCUCUGACACCUUCAGCUUCAUCUUUGCGUCCUACCGUCAGCUCGGUUAGGUUUCUUGACACCCGCACCUUUGCAUCCUGGCUGAUCGCACAGUUUCACUCCUAUUUUCGCUGCCAUUUCUUCAACGCAUUAUAUCCGCCGCCAUCUGCGCCACUCCGUAUCCGUAGUCCAAACCCACCAGCGACAAGAUAUGCGCCAGGAGGGUGCUGGCAUCUCUAUAUCCUGUUCUGAGUUGUCAGCCUCCAAGGUAUUUCUCAUCGAAUAGCAAAUAUUAACAAGUCGAAAAUGGCCUCCCUCGGGCACCACAAUGGUUCCCCUUCCAACCAAAGCUCGCGGAACGGAAACGCUGGCGACCAAGGCACCCUACCCACAUCCACAAAAAGCCCAUCACUGAUGAGCAUGUCCUUCCUGAAAAACUUGACUGGACAAAAGAAAACUACGCGAGAAGGGCAGCCACCAAAGCGCAGAGGCCCAAAACCAGAUAGCAAGCCUGCGCAGACACGGCGGCAAGAGCUAAAUAGACAAGCGCAAAGAACACAUCGAGAGCGGAAAGAACAGUAUAUCAGAGCACUAGAGACCGAAAUAUCACGAUUAAGAGAAUGCUAUAGCAAUGAUAUGUCAGCUUCCAAUAUGUCAAUCCAAGCGUCAAAUAUGUCAAUUCAGCAGCAGAGAAGGGUAUUACAGGAGCACAGGGACGAGAACAUAUUGCUGAAACAGAUUCUCGCCUCUCAUGGCAUCCCCUUUGAGGCAGAACUCGAGCAGCGAAAAUUGGCUCUGCGUUCCGGCGCCCGACACGCCCAUACAGACUCCUUCGCCGGCAGUACUGCCCAUUCCCAUGCUCCAUCUCAAGCCCCAUCGCAGGCACACUCUCACUCCCUCUCCCAGGGAUUCUUAGGAGAUGGCACCUACCCCACUGCUACUCCUACCACCGUAUCUACUGUGAGUCCCGGGACUGGCUCGGAUUACACAGAUCCGCAGGGUAGUGGAAAUAUAUUUACUUCAUAUUCGGGCUCACAAGGGAUUCAAAGCGAGCAGCCUGGCGUUCUGGGGGAGUCGAGUGCUUGGGGGGGUGAUAGUUCGGUAGUAGACGACCUGCCGGGCAUUUUUGAAAAGGAACCGGAGUUGGGAGUUGAAUUCGUCCUCUCCCUUGAACAAUCCUGCCGAACUCAUAUGGAAUUUCUCUGCAGGCGAGCUGAAGACGAUGCGGAGACCGAAACGAUCUCCGGACAUGUCUUAAUGGCAUCCUGCCCACCACCAACCCAAAUCGUUUCUACGGAACCGGGCCAGAUGUAUCCCGUCCGCACGUACGAUCUCCCGCAUAGCAAUCUAACAAGACUCCUCAAUUUAAGUCGCCAGUUGGUCACGGACGGGCAGAUCACACCGAUUAUGGCGCUGCAGUAUUUGAAAAGCCACGACAUGUAUCCGUCAUUAACGCGAGAAGAUGUCGAGAACAUGAUGGAUGACCUCAAUGGCAAAAUUCGAUGCUACGGGUUUGGUGCAGUGCUGGAGGACUUCGAGUUCAUGGACUCUUUCAGCAGCGUGCUUGCUAGUAAGCUGAAGUCUCUCAUAGAUACCGCUCCUGACGAUCCCGCGUCCCUUCCGGCAACCCCCAGGCAACGUUUGUCGGAUGAUUUGAUGUAUUCUUAAAAAGACAUGCCUCGUUCUCUCUCUAUUUUAAUCACCCUUCUGGAUCCGUUUCGAUGUCUUUAUACUUAUUUCAGUGGAAUAUAUCACUUUUUAUUUUCAUUCAUUACUCUCCCAUCGCCAAUGGGGAGGAGUACAGAUUCAGCCAGUGUAAUAAUUUGUUCGUUCGCGUGGGACCGCAUUUAAUUUUUAUUUUGUUAUUUCCCCUUCCUAUUCUCCUCUUCUGCUAUAUAUAUAUGUACUCUAUUUAUUUUUAUCUGAAAGCACUUGUUACACUCUGUGUAUAUCUGUUUGCUUGGUUGUGCUGGUUGGUAAAAAGUUCUCUAUCGAAUUAUCAGUCAUUCAAAAAAUUUUCCAGUAUACAGUCGCAACAUUUCUUAUAGUGAAAUCCUAUCUUUAGCUACAUGUAUUAUAAAUACGUCGCUGCUGUAAUAUUACACACCGAAACGUAAAGAUACGUCUUAUAUAAUCAACGCCAAGACUUCCUCCCACA